GAAUCUGCUCCGUUCUGUUAUUGGUGCCCUUGCUUGCAAUUAUCCUGCUGUUGUUUAAUUCAUAGUAAUGCCCCACAACUAUGUCUACGGCCUCUAAGUUUGUUUUGGGAUUAUCGAUAAUACUCACUAUCAGCACGGUUGCAGGUGUUCAUAUCAAGCAGAGCUGGGAGAGACAGAGGCUGCACGAGGGUGUUUUGCGGGAUUUGGAGCGCGUGGCGCGCAAGCGCGAGAACCUGCGCACGCUCGAGGAGCAGAUCCAGCUGACCAGAGAGCUUGUGGCCGAACGCGACCGACGAGAGGCUGAAACGGCAGGAACAGACAAUUCAUAAACCCACAGUGUACAGAGCUACAACUAACUUACAUGCUGAAGAACUAUUGCUCUGGUAGCUCUUUUGACUUUCUCAACUUUUUGGCAGAGGUAGGCCCCUCACAAAAAGUACCAUGGUAAUGAUAGUUUCACCAGAAUACUAAAGCUACUUCAGUUUCUACAAUACAACUGUGGUAACUUUGGAAUAAUACCAUGGUGUACAGUAUGUAGCACUCCAAAGUACUUGAAAGAAUACCAUGGAACAAGCAUGGUAUGUGUCCGCAAAACAGUGUCCUGAAAAAAGUCAUUUCUAACCAGUACUGUGUGUAAUGCAUUACUAAGUAAUUACUUACUGUAAUUACAUUACUUUUUCAUUGAAAAAAAAGUAAAGUAAGGGAUUACUCUUAAUGUUCCAGUAAUUUAAUUACAGUUACUACUGAUGUAAUUGUGUUAUAUACUGUAUAGGCUAUAGAACAAUUCUAUAUAAAACAAUAGUGAAUUUAAAAUCGAAAUUUAACGUCUAAUGUUAAAAUGUAUAAUGUAAAAUGUUUUCUAAUUUAAUACAGCUCCCUUAAAUUCUUAGGCCAGAUCAUGAAUAUUUUAUUUGAUUUUAUAUGAUUUUUUUUUAAAGAAUUAAAAGAAUAGUUUCAUGUC